AUGGAAUCUACAAGUCAUAGCCGUCGCGGCACUCCGCGAUUUUCGCGAAAAACAAUGUGCGGAUCACAAGAAAGGAGGGAAAUGUCGCCUCCGUCGGAAAGAACACAACAUCCGAUCUUUAAAACGAAGAAAGCUGCGGCGAUUGUCGCGCACCUGUGCUUGAAUAGAGCCGGCCCGGGGCUCGACAGUCGACUGUUUAGCCUGCUCCCCCCCUCCAGCCGGCGACCGAGGCCUGCCAGAGUUAUGAAUGAAUAG